GACUCGGCGUUUCUUACAUCGGAAACGAAACAGACUAUUUCUGCAUGGCAAUGUUGUGAGCAAACACAUAGUAUACUGCAUAGUUCCCGUAUAUCGAGUUGAGAGAACAUAUUUUGAUAGUGGGCGAGGGACAAUCUUGGGUUCGGUACACGGGCAUGGCAACAGUCGAGAAUGAUCCGACGGCGAGCGAAGGCGGUGCCGCAGCAUUCUCGGUGGUCCACAGUCCUAUCUGGAGCGAAUAUCAACUUCGAAAGUAUCCUUUCCAGACCAGACCGAUACCCAGACUCUCUCACACGGAUCCUAGAGCGGAGAUGCUCAUAAACAACGAGGAACCAUUGGUUUUAACAGACACCAAUCUAGUGUAUCCGGCUCUGAAGUGGGACGUCCCGUACCUGCAGGAGAACAUUGGGAGCGGGGACUUCUCUGUGUACAUUGCGGAAAACCACAAAUUCCUCUACUAUGAUGAGAAGAAAAUGGCCAACUUUGAGAACUUUUCACCCAAGUCUCGACGGAUAGACAUGAAAUUCUCUGAUUUUGUGGAGAAAAUGGAGAAAACGCAGGAAGAGGGAGGAGACGAGAGGGUGUACCUGCAGCAGACCCUGAACGACACCGUGGGCAGGAAGAUCAUGGUGGACUUCUUGGGUUUCAACUGGAACUGGAUCAACAAGCAGCAGAGCAAAAGGAACUGGGGCCAGCUCACCUCCAAUCUGCUCCUCAUAGGCAUGGAGGGUAAUGUGACGCCAGCCCAUUACGACGAGCAGCAGAACUUCUUUGCGCAAAUCAAAGGUUACAAAAGGUGUAUCCUCUUCCCUCCGGACCAGUUUGAGUGUCUCUACCCCUUCCCUGUUCACCACCCCUGUGACAGACAGAGCCAGGUUGACUUUGAGAACCCUGACUAUGAGAGGUUUCCCAACUUCAAGAAUGUAGUGGGCUAUGAGACUGUGGUGGGCCCCGGAGAUGUUCUUUACAUCCCCAUGUACUGGUGGCACCACAUUGAGUCCCUGCUGAGUGGUGGCGUGACCAUCACUGUCAACUUCUGGUACAAGGGUGCGCCAACGCCCAAGAGGAUAGAAAACCCAUUGAGAGCCCAUCAGAAGGUGGCGAUCAUGAGAAACAUAGAGAAGAUGCUGGGGGAGGCACUGGGAGACCCACACGAGGUACUGGAACUGGACAGACGGGUGGAAUAUUAUGUUGGUCCUUUACUGAAUAUGAUGAUCCAGGGCCGAUAUGACCAGGGCUUCAGCUAGAGGUACUGCCGCAGAACUGUUGCCAAACUGCUGCUUGUGUGUGCGUCAAGUACACACGCCUGAUUUGUGUGUAUGUAGGCGAGCAUGUGUGUACGUAUACGUGUGUGCACAUUCGGACUGUCAAGCUAGCAGUGCAUGGCAACACUGAGUCACCUUGAGAGACUUGGCCAAUCACACUUUCUGCUCUGCUUUGAUUGUUUGGGAACCAUAGUCAUCGCAACUUCAGCCACCAGUGGGAAGACAAUAGUGAACGGACAGAUUAGCCAUGGACACCCACAUGCAGUAUGCUGUUAGAGUGAUACUCAGUUGAACUGUGUAAACUACAUGUUUGUGGUAUUUGUGUGUGAGUCAAGUGAUAGGCAGCUGUGUAGGUAUCAAAGAAUAACCCCAAAAUACCCUCAAGGUGGAAGUUGCCCCAAAUUAAUCGCUGAUGCAGGGUAAGAUAUUAGACAUUUUAUCAUCRCAGCCAAUAGGAUUGGGGUUGGGAUAAUCUGAUCCUAGAUCUGUAGUUGGAGGCAAUUUCUACCUUGAGCACUUGAACCACUAAAGAGUGUGUGUUGGGUGAUUUGUUACAUCUGAGUCGUAACCAACCAGAAACUCCCAUCCUCUAUUUAACCCCGCCUCCUGUCAUUACAGUUUAUAACCAUAGCAACACAACUGUAGCUUGAUUUAUUAAAUACGAAUAGCUCCCCUCAGAUAUAACAUACACUCACCGGACAGUUUAUUAGGCACAAUCUGAAAUAUUCAGGGCAUUCUACAAGUUGUCGGAAACGUUCCACUGGGAUGUUGGUUCCUGUUGAGCCGAUGGCGUUGCUGCAGAUUGGACGGCGGUACAUUGAUGCUGUGAAACAACAGCCCGUUCCAUCUCAUCCCAUAGAUGCUCUAUAGGGUUGAGGUCUGGGGACUGUGCAGGUACCUCAAAUAAACUGAACUCACUGUCAUGUUCCAGGUGAUGUUAUUCUACUCCUCAAUUGUCCAGUGUUGGUGCCCCCUGGAGCCGCUUC